UGAGCUCAUAAUAAAUAAUAUUAGUUUCAUCAGUAAGAAAAUAGCAAUGGGAUGAUCAGGAUCUAAAGGAAAGCCAAGUGAGAAUAGGAAUCCAGCACAUGUGAAAACUCUAAAUCUUAGAAAGCAGAAUACUCUUCUAAAUGCUCCACCUCCAAUAAACAAAGGAGCUCAUUACCCUCAAGCUAAAGGAAUUCCUCCUCCACCUCCUGCUUACAAAAGUAGUAACGAUCCAGGAACAUCAUACAACGUGAGCAAGCCAGUUAUGGCUCAAAAUGCUCCAGGAGGAGCUUCCACAAAUGCUUCUAAAUUCGCUUCUGGUGGCAAGGCACCACCAGUAAAUCAUAACGAAGGAAACCAAGUUGAUUAUGACCAAGCUGCAGAAAAUGCUAAUCAGAUGGUAGUCCCAACCAACUAUCUAUCUCAGCCAUACGAUUAUAGAGGUGACAAUAGCUUUGAAGAUUCAGCCGAACCAUCAUCUGCUGAAAGCAGCUCAGAAGAUGAUGCUUCCGAAAACUCAUCAGACGAAUCAUAUGGAGCAUCCUCUGACGAUGAAAGUGACGAAAGUGACUCGGCUUAAUUUAUAUAAUAAACAGAUAUGCUCCUUAGCAAUUUCUUCCUUUGGUACUAAAC